AUGGCGGCCAUCCCUUGCCUUCCCGCCGCUGCGCUGCUCCCUCUGACCUCCAUACGGCCUACCAAGUUCCUCCUCUGCCGCCGCCGCCUCCGCCUCCGCCUCCUCCGCUCCCCGUUGUUUUCUUCAGCAUCUUCGAGUGGGAUCCCAGUGACCUGUUCGCGGCCCGAACCAUCUCUAGAGGUCGUGUACAAUGUGCGGGUCGAGCGAGACUUGUCGCCGGAGAGGAUGGCGGAGCUAGGCGUCGACAGAUGGGCGGUGUGGAAGUCCGGCGCGCGGUCCCGCCUCCCCUGGGAAUGGAACGUGGACCAGCAGGUGUACGUCGUCAGCGGCGAGGUCCGGGUGGUUCCCGAGGGUGCCAAGUCCGGCGAGCGAUACAUGAAAUUUGUCGCCGGCGAUCUUGUUCAUUACCCCAAGUGGUUUGGGGCCGACCUUCUCUUCGACGGCCCCUACGAGGAGCGUUACCGCUUCCUCGCCCCCGGCGACGAUUGA